UGUCAAUAAACUUUGGUUGCAGUCUGUCAAAACGAUGAAAGUAGGAUUGUGUAUAUAAUUUUUGUAUGUUUGUUGUGAUGUAAAGUUUCAGCCCUGAAAACGGAAACAUAAUUUUGUCUACAUGUUUUAAAUGAGUCCGGAAAAGAAUUAUUUUAGAGAUGGCUGGACAGCAGAUCUGCUUAAAAUGGAAUAGUUUCCAGUCAAAUAUAGUUACAAGCUUCGAAAGUUUGUGGGAAGAACAAGGCCUUGUUGAUGUAACCUUAGCAAGUGAUGGGCAAUGUCUUCGUGCCCACAGAGUGAUUUUGUCAGCAUGUAGUCCUUUCUUCAGGAAAGUAUUUCAGACUAAUCCGUGCCAGCAUCCUGUAAUUAUUUUACAAGAUGUUCAUUUUUCUGAGUUGGAAUCACUCCUGUCUUUCAUGUAUAAAGGCGAGGUCAACAUAGAACAAGAAAAUUUGCCAGCUUUGCUUAGAGCUGCAGAAACUCUUCAAAUUCGUGGCCUAUCUGGAGCUUCUGAACAAGUGAAGGAAAAGAUGGGAGUGUGUAAAAAGUCUCCAAGCCCACAAGAACCUAUUCCAGUUGAUGGGCAGUCUCCUCCAAAGAAGCAACGUACUGUGCAGCAAUCUCAGUCUCCACCAUUACCAUCAACCCCUCUUGCCCUGACACCAACAUCGAGAACAACAACAGAGCGAUUACGGCGACAGUCAGCAUCAUCUGCAGAAGCCUGGGAGCAACAUCAGCAAACGAAUGAACCUGAAUGUCCCCCAAAAGUGAUACCAAAACUUGAAUCGAGAGACAGUGAAUCUGAAAGCCUUGCCUCACCUCUGCUUUCAAUUGAUGAACCACAUGAGGAAAGCACUGAUGGAUCUCUCGGAGGACUUCAGGAUUUAAAGAGUUCCCAAUCAAAAGCAGUGGCAUCUGAUACAGGCCAAAUUAAAGGGAACACCAAGUCAGAAACAACAAUUGACGUGAAUACUGAAGCUUUACCAGGAAGCUCAUUGUCAGAUGCAGUGAAUAUUAGUAAGGACAGUAGCUAUGAUCCAAAUCAAGCAAGCAGAAGUUUCCCCUACCCGCCAUUUCCAUGUCCAUUCUGUGACCGUGCCUACACCAGUUGGGGCUUCCGCCGACGCCAUAUCAAAGCAGUACAUACUCAAUCACAGAAGCUACCGUGCAAAUGGUGUGCAGAAGUUCUUCCAUCACACUCAGAUUGGGAACAACAUGUGACAAACAGCCAUGGAUUGGCUCCCACAGAUGCCCACAAUGGGCUUUUGAUACUUGAAGAAGCACAUAUGGUUUUACAGAUACCAAAUCCAACACGCCUUGACACAUUUGUCAGUAUGAUCAGGAAGAAUAAAAGUGCUGCCAAUAGUAGUGGAUCUGGCAGUAGUGGGGGAAUAGUUAAUGCUGGAGCAAGCAGCAGUUCACAGGAUGACCAAGAUUGUUCAAAUGGAUCUGCCAGCGAAGCAGAGAAGCCUGCAUCACGGACUUAAUAUGUUACUCAUAAUUCGCUUUUCACAUUAAUUUGUGUUGGCAUCACACUUUACUACUUAUCUUUAGAAGUGCCAGAUCUGAACAACACAGCUCUCCCUGCUGUGAGCUUGAUAAAUUGCGCAUCAUUCCUGUGUUUAGUGUCAUUUUGUGAAUUUAGCAAUGUAUACUAUGAAGCAGAAUAAUUUACUUGUGAUACUUAUCAGUUGUCAUAAGAAACACAUUUUGAAAGGUACUGAGCUCUAAUGAUAUAGUUUUUAUCAUACAGUGACAAAUACAGGGCAUAUAGACAUAAACUGACCAUACAUGAUUCUUCUGUGAUGUCUUGGUAAGAUUUAUUUCUAUUCACCUUUUGCUCUCAGAUUUGUCACUUUUGCCAUGUUUCAAUUAUAAUACACUGCUCAGUAUCAGUCCCUAACACCAUUACCAUUGUGAUCCAUGUCACAGACUUCCAAAAUCAAUAUUACAUAUUUUUCACUGACAAAGUAUUGUAAUACUGCAUUUUAAUUAUGUGUAUCAUUAUAAUUAUGUGCAUCAGUUGUCAUUAAUUUUUUCCUAAAGUAAAGUCAGUGAGAUACUAUUUUCAUGUUAAAUUCAUUAAAGUUAUAUAACUUAUGUUAAUUUGAUAGCACACUGAAGUAGGGUAGUGUAGGAAGUGUAGUAUUACAGUGUUUUCUCAAAUUAUUUUCAUUUAUACCUGACGCUAAUACGUGGACAUCAAAAACAUAAAUUAUAUUACAAAAGAACAUGAGCAGUUGUGCAGAAUGUAGACAGAUGGUAACAAUAGCUUUCUUUACCUUUGAUUGAUGAUUUACUGUAACUAACUCCAAAAAGAUUCAUUGCACUAGGCUCGAUGGGACAGAUAUCCCCACCUUUGGUUGUACCUGACUUCCAGGUCUGAGAGUUUCACAACUUUUGGACUUCUCAUAAAAUUAUCUUUUUUAUCAGACUCAAAGCAAAAUAUACCUAUAACUGAACAUACGAAUGAUGGUUCUCUACUACUUCUGUUGUUCCAACAAUGUAAACUUACCAGUUUUACGGGCACAAGACAAUAACAGUUUAUGCUACCUGUAGCUACUAUUUCAAAAUCUUAUUUUUUUGCCAAUGCGUUGUAUGUUAAAAAGAAGAGCUUAAUUCUUGUGGUUUCAAAGAUUGGUGACAAAAUAUUAAGGAAGAUUAUUGUUCAAUGUCCCAUUGACAACAAAGUGAUUAUACACAGGUAUUUAAGGCAAGGUUAUAAGCAACAGACAUUCAAGAACCAAGUAAUUAGAUAUUAUUUAUGGGGACAACACUAGUACUGGAACCAUCUUUAUUAAAGAAAGCAUCUCUGAGAUUUAUGAUGACUUAAAAACUCUAUCCAACACUCCAGAUACUGAUGUUGAUAGUAUUCUUUGCUUACACUUGCAAUUAAGAGUACAGCGUAUGGAUUUCAAGUGAAUUUCACUCAUUAACAUAUUUCCAUCAGAUUUACUUUGAAAUAUUUUUAAAUAAUGAACUGCAAUGAAAAUAAUAUUUAUAAGACAGCAAUCAUAAUAUGACAUUCUGUACCUGUAAUUUGUGCCUUUUUGACUGAUGCUUCUUUCCCAACAUGUGUAACUUUAUUCAGGUGUAUAUUUGAGAGCAGUGACAAUACUGUGUAUUUUUCAGUGGGGAACUCAUGUUCUACAAAUAGUUGCAGUUAAUAAAACACUGAUUAAUGUUUUGUAACAGAUUUUUUUAUAUUUGUAAUAAGAGAGUUUAGAAGGGUGGAGUGGAUAUUUUUGUAUAAAUUAUAUGCUGUGUAUAUUGCAUGUAUUAUGUAACUCCUACUUCCUUCACAUUAUGACAGAAAUAUGUCAAGAUUAUGAUGUAAUUUCAUACUGUAUUUUUGGAAAGUUGUUUAUUGAAAUAGCAGUCCAAUAAAUUAAUUUACAUCAACUAGGCUUACAAAUAUUAAGAUGAAAAAAUAGCCUGGAAUUAUUUUGAAAAAAAAACAGUGUUCAUCAUUAAUAACAGAGCCACAUGUGAAGAAAAUGUUAAUACUAGACUGUUGAAUCCUAUUAACUGCAAGUCAAGCAAAAAACAAACUGCAAAUGCAAGUGAUAAACUUGAGGGCUUAGACAGCUUAGAAACCCAGUUCCAGUCUUCUCCAGGAGACAAUGCUAUGGAGUUUGACGAGGGGUUGAACUAAAGGAACAUGACAGUCAUAUCUCUUUUAUUCAAAGAAUAUUCGUUAUGCACUUAUAACAUCAUUGUCACACCACUUUUGAGUUGUGUUAAUAAUUACCAUCCCUUGGGUACCACACAUCAGUCACACCCUCUCAAGUUUCAGACAUAAAUUACUGUGUGGUGUGUGUGAUUUUGUUCAUUUUUUUACAUCCCUGGGCUCUCCUCCUCUAACACUAUUUUGUUAGUGUCUGGUUAACCAAUGCAUUAAUAAUUACAAUCCAUUAAUGUGUCUAAAUAUAUGCCUUCUUUCUAAUAAAAAUCAAGCAAUGAAAACCACAGAUCUGAGUAAUGUUUGCAACAUGCAGUUAAAGAUUAUCAGAAUGAUCAUAAUUCAGUAGCAGUGUAGAUGUGUAUUUCUUAGUGAGAGCCCAGACACACUCAGACACUUUUAGAUGCGUGAUUCAUUCUUCCCGCAUGCAACAGUUCUUGCAUCUAUCACUGGGUUCCCUACCUCCUUUUACAUCUAUGGUGACAUGCCAAAUGUCUCAAUGUCACCAUUCUUUCUCAUCCUCUUCUCUCCACCAAUUCUUGGAUACCCCAUAUCCACUCUUUUGGUGGUCUUCCUCUUCUUUUUCUUCCAGGGGAUUGUCAUGGAAGCACUGUCUUUAGGCAUUUGUCUUAUUUCAUUCUUUUGACAUGCCGUAACCACCCAAGCUGGCUGUCUUCCAUUCUGUCUGUAAUAUACUGGCUCUGCCUCCUUUCUCUUAUUUCCUCAUUUCGAGUUGGGAAAUUCUACAUGCUCCUCCCAAGUGGUCAAUUUCUAAAGCUCUAAGUCUCUUUAUACUUUCUGUGAGUUCGUAACACUCACUCCCACAACUUGUUAUUGGUUGGUCAAUGGAUUUGUAUAACUGCAUUAUACCAACCAAAGUACAAGAUUCAGUUUUUGGAUAACCAUUCUUUCCUACCUGAUUCAUUGUUGUAUAACUCUGUCACAUCUUCCAUCACAUGGUAGGAUACUACUCAUAUACUUAAACUGUUUACACACUUUAUUUUGAUGUCUGUCAAUGUGCAAGUUACUUUCCUCUGCUCCUGUUCUCAAAAUUAAUUUUCAGAUCCCACUGUUUGUACUGUUCCAUUAACUUCCCAAAAAAGUAAGUAAAUUUUACUAAGUUUGUAAAACCAUGUUGCUAACUAUAUAGUUUGCCAGACAAUAUUUUUAAGUGUAAAAAUGCUCUCUACCAAAAAAAAAUUGUUCAAUAUGAGGACUAUUUUUAAUUCCACAGAUAUAUUGUACAUUUUAUAAGUAAUAUUGAUCCUUCCCUGAAUGAAAUGAAAAAAGCAUGUUACCUAUCUGUAAUCACAUUGAAGGCAGUGAUUUUGUGACAAACACUUACAAAAUAUAAAAUAACAGAAAAUAAUGUUGUGAGUGAGUUUUGAUGCACAAAGAGAUGUAAACAGUACAGUAAUAAAUUAUAGGUUGGAAACAACAAACAUAAAUAGCAAUAAAAGGCAUAAUCUAAUGUUUUAUGGCUAUGGAGCCUUCAAGUUUUUCAACUCAUCACUCACAAUAGCAGUGUGAAUUUUUCGUUCCCUUCAAGUUCUGAUUUGGUUGUAAUACUUAAGGGACUAUUCUGUGCUACCUGCAGUCAUUAUUUUUUGCUGGUGGAGGAACAAGACUAGGAAAGAAUAAAAGUGUGGAAGCUAAUGCUGCUUUAUGAGCCACUAUGUGUGCCUACAAACCAUUCUUGAAUCAUCUGCAGGUGAGCCAUUGCCUUCUGUCAUUUACGUUUAGAAGUGUAAAUAGAACAUAAUAAUAUAUAUUAAAUAUCAAGUGUGUCAAUUAAGAGUGCUCUUUUAAUAUGAAAUGUACAAAUGAGAAGAACCCAUGGAUGCACAAAAUAUUUUAUAUUAAAAAUAUUUAUUAUUUAUCUAAUACAAGCAAUGCAGAAAGUUUGUCAGGCUUAUCUUUGUUGCAGUCUUUGUAUAUAAAAUUAUAUUGUGGAUAGCUGUAAGAAUUACCUUUAUUGGCACAUUGUACUGUCUUCUUCUUGUGCCUUUUUUAUUGUAAAUUUUUACUGGAUGUUUUUUAUUUAUCGUUUUUGUAUAGACAGAAAUCUGUUUUUGAUCAUUGAUGAAGAAUGCAAACUAGUCAGUUCAUUCUAGCACAAGAAAUUACUGUUGUUGGUGCAUGACAUAUUUCUCCGUAGCUCUGUAUUUGAAGUUCAUCUAAAAUCAUUCAUUGUCCCAAUGUUCCUGUGUUGAUACAGACCUUUAAAAAUCAUGAGUGGAUUCUUAUUAUAAUCUAGUAGUGGAAAUAAAUACAUUUUCACUAUUUUUAUUAAAUAUUUAAUGUGGGUUGUAUAUGUACAAUUUUAGUUAUUACUAAUAAACAAAUGCUUUUGCAGAGAUUGUGUCCAGAAAGUGAUUUUACCUGUUCUCAGUUAUUACACACUUUUCAUGCUGUACAAUACCACCUAUGAGUCCUUGGGAUUUGAAUUUAUGCUUGUAAAUGUUAGUUCUUAAGAAAGAAAGAAAUAAAAGCACGCAAAACUGCUUGUUUUAUGAUGGAACUAUUUCUGGUGGCACAUUAGUACACAACUGUGUUUUGACCUUACUCUGUGGCACGUUUAAUCGAAAUCAGUCAACUCAUUGGCAGUGGACAAGCAGUUUCCUAAAGAGAUGUUACUGCAUUCCACUGGGAAAUGUUCUUUAUCAUGAAAAGAAGAAACUGAUGCUGCACCUUUGUGUACGUACCAGAUAAGUUCCAUUAGUGGUGGUCGCUUUCAGAGGGGGACCGUUUAUUCCAUGCACAUCUGCAUUUGUUCCUCCCGCUGUUCAGAAAAUUUCUGCACAUCGUUUUCCGUGGGUAUUGCAGUGUGAAUAUGAAAAUCCGUGCCAUGAAUGCUCUGUUUGCCAUAUGGUGCCUAAGAGUUAUGGAGUCUUAAGAACUCUUCCAUGAGGCUCCACAGGAGCACUGCUUUUUUCUUUUUUUUCUGCCUGGAGGAAUGAAGAACACAUCCCUUAGUAAGCUGCUCAUCCAAUGCCUCUGAGUUGAUUAAUGAUGUUGAAAUUCGUUUCCAGUGUAAGGAUGUAUUUGAAGACUUCAAAACAGCUGCUCAGUGUCAUCUGUAUUUUAUCAGGAUACAUGUACGUUGUAACAAAAUCUGACUGUUUAUUGCUGUGACAAGUAAAUUAUUCAUGAACUUUAAAGACAAAUAUGACAAUGAUGUAGUACCAUGCAUCCUAAGGACUGUCAUAAUCACUUAAUGAGAAAUACUGAAAAGACAGGAGUAGGUUUGAGAAUGAACUGCAAUUAUAAGAGUUAAAAAGACAUUAAAUCAAACUAGUGGUCAAUAAAGGAGUAAGGCUGUGUUGUAGUCUAUCCCUGGCAUUACCUACUCAGUACAUUUUGCAAGCAGUAAAGAAAACCAAGAAGAAAUUUGGAAAGGGAAUUUCAUUUCAGAGAGAGAACAAAUAAAAACUUCGAGGGAUGCUGAUGACAUUGUAAUUUUGUCAGAGACAGCAAAGAACUUGGAACAGCAGCUGAAUGGAAUGGAUAAUCUCUUCAAAAGAUACCUUAAAAUGAGCUUCAACAAAAGUAAAACAAGGGUAAGUGAAUAUCAUCAAAUCAGGCAAUGCUGAGGGAAUUAGGUUAGAGAAUGAGAUACUAUAGGUAGUUGACUUUUUUUUGCGACUUGGACACCAAAAUAACUGAUGUUGGCCAGUGUAGAGAGGACAUAAAAUGAAAGCAGGCUGUAGCAAGAAAAUCAUUUGUGAAAAAGAGGAAUUUGUUAACACAUAAUAUAAAUUUGUGUGUUAGGAAGUCUCAUUUGAAGGUACACUCUAAGACAAAAGAAAAAUGAUGUGCCACAAAGGAAUUACGUGAAUGGGAUGAAUCUCAGCAGAUGUAAUGUACAUUACAGACAAACAAAUGGUAAUUAUUUCCAAAAAACCAGAUGAUUUAUUCAAGAGAAAGAGCUUCACCAACUGAGCAAGUCAAAAAAGGGUUGGGCAACUCUGGCCCUUAUGCAAACAGUUAUUCAGGUUGGCAUUAACAGAUAGAGUUGUUGGAUGUCUGCCUGAGGGGUAUCAAGCCAAAUUUUGUCCAACUGGCACAUUAGAGUGUCAAAAUCCUAAGCUGAUUGGAAGGCCCUGCCCAAAAUCCAUAAUGCCUCAAACUUCACAAUUGGUGAGAGAUCUAGCGACUUGCUGGCCAAUUCAAAGUUUGGCGAGGACAAAGGAAGGUGGUAGAAACACUUACUGUGUGCAGGCAGGCAACAAAAUGGGAGACAGAAUAUCGUCAAGGUACCACUGUGCUGGAAGGAUUCUGUGGGUGACAACUAAAGGGGUCCUGCUAUGAAAAGAAAUGGCACCACACACCGUCACUCAUGGUUGGCGGGUGACAGUCAGGUUGGUAUCCCACCGCUGCCCAGAGAGUCUCCAGACACAUCUUCCCUAGUCAUCAGGGCUCAUUUCGAAGUAGGACUCUUGACUGAAGACAAUUCUACUCCAGUCAGUGAGAUUUCGGCCAAAGACAUGUGGAGAUGAGAAGGUACUGAAUGAACUGAGGAAAAAUGAAAUUUAUGGCACAACUUGACUAUAAGUAGGGAUUAUUUAAUAGAACAUAUACUGUGGCUGACAUCAAGGAAUCUUCAGUUUGGUAACUAGAGGCUAAAACUGCAGAGGGGGGCCAAGAGGUGAAUACAGUAUAAAAGUUCAGACUGAUGUAGAUUGCAGUAGUGAUGCAGAGGUGAAGGGGAUUGGACAUAAGAAACUUUAGUGGAGAGCAGCAUUAACCAGUCUUUGAACCAAAGAUCUGAUCAACAAAUCAUCAUUUCUAUAGUCAAUAAAUUUAAUAAAAGUUUUUGCAAUACAGGAAAUUAGAUAGUUAAAGCUCUUGCAGGGAGUGGUUCAGAUAGUAAUUUAAGGAAGGAAAGUGUUAAAUACAGAAAUAGAGAAUAUUAGGAGAGUGCCAGCAGUAAGAGUGGCCAUAUAAAGGAAAUGGAACACUGAAAAUUUCUGGAAGAAUGUACACAAUUUAGGAGAAAAGCUCACCAAAUAGUAGACAUGAUGAGUCAUCGAGCACAUAAAAGAGACUAAAAACUUCAGAACAACGUUAGUAUCAGGAAUCUCCACCUUGUGGAUAACAUAAAAUAUAAAUAACUAUGAAACAUCAACACAUCUGAUUUAUAGAAUUUGGCAAAUUGGUAGGAACAUUGGAAAUUAUCGUAUUCUGUUUAGUGAAAUUUUGUAAUUAACAAGUAAUGAAAUCGUGUAAUACAAUGUUACUCAAUUUCUUCUGUUAGCCAAAAAUACCCGAAAUAACAUGUGAACUGCUACUGUCAAUCUGUAAGACAAAUGUACGUAAUAGAAGUCUUUAAUCUUCAAAGUAAUUAAAAUACUUUACAGAAUAAUGCAGCCUACAACACGUCAACAAAACUAUCAAAAAGUACUUUUACUCUGAAGGACUGAACUACAUUUAUUCUAAUACAAGGAUAUAAUCAUAUAUACGAUCCUGCAGUGCCUGUGUUAUUCCAAAUUACGAUGCUGUGUUCCUUGAGACAUGCAUCCAUGAAGGAACAGGUGGCAUCGUGAUUCUGAAUAACAGAGGUGCUACAAUAUCAUAUUUAUACACCGACACUGGGCGAGUGACUUUCAAGUAAAAUGCAUCCCCUUGUAUGGGAAUAUAUAUAGUGGAUGUAUGAGUACAAGUUGUAGACACAUGGAAGUUUGGGUCUGGCCAUGAGUCGUGCUCGGAUAGCCUAUCAGUAAGGUGACUGCUAAAACGAGGUAUGAAAGCUGAAACUGAUUUUGUCUUCAUAUAAUUAAGAAAUCUAAGAUAUUCAAUUGUUUACUUGAAAUGUUUGACGUAAACUUCAGUAAUGACAUUGUUAUUUGUGGAAACUGUUUGUCUAAAAGUGAUAAGUGUAUUUGAAAAUAUUUUGUAGGUAUGUCAGAUUGUUUUAAUGUGGUAAUUUUUAAUUCUAAUCCCAAAAAAUAUAUAACAUCAAUGAUGAAAGAAUUGUUUGAAAAGCUAUAUAUAAAUGGAA